AUGUUCAACGGGCUGGCGACUAUAGAAAUCUUUUGUGCAGCGGACUUGCAGAAAACAGACUUUUCAAAGAGACAUAGCAUUGUAUCGAAAAAGAAUUCUGUGGUGAGCGCCUAUGUAACCGUGGACGUGGACGGAAUUGUUGUAUUCAAGACACAAGUUUGUCAAAAAUCGAACAAUCCAGCCUGGAAUGAGACUUGUACGUUCAUGAUAUUGCACGGGAACGCAUUGCGCUUCAUUUUGUUCGACAAGGGAAUUCAGAAUGACACUUACAUUGCAGAUUUGACUCUCGAUAUUGGCAAGGCGGUGGAGAAGGAGUGGGUUUCAAUUAUCGCACUCAAUUUAGAUUGCACUCAACCCGUUAGGAAGUCUGUUCAUCGGAGUGCACUAUGA